AUGCUUCAGCCAGUCGACGAGAUAGUUCUUGGAGCACCUAAGUUCAUCAAUGAUGACCUGUUGGAGAGAUUUAAAGUUGAUAUUGUCGCUCGAGGGCUCGUUACAUCUACGACAGAUAGCGAUCGCUUCGCUGUAGCGAAGAAACGUGGGAUUUUAAGGAUCGUCGAUUCGCGUUCAAACGUAACAACACAAACUAUUGUGGAUAGAAUUCUCAAGACGAAGUCCUCCUCAGAGCAUAAAAACAGCAUCGAAACCUCUUCACUCUGCAAUGAUGUGUUCUACAACGAAAUGGACAACUCGUUCACCUCUCAAUACUCUGUUCAACAGCAGGGUUAA